AUGGCGCGCAACGAUCUCGAUGCAGAGUCAGUACAAAAGUCCAUCGACGAAAAGUCGGGCGAUGGCAGCGCCGCCGAGAAGGCUAACGUGCGGGAAUAUGUCGUGCAAACCGAUCCGCGCUACCAUUUUGACGCUGCCGACCUCGACAAGGUCCAGCGGCGGCUCAAGCAGCGCCAUGUACAGAUGAUUGCGUUCGCAGGCACGAUGGGCACAGGCCUCUUUCUAGGGUCCGGACACGUAAUACAGGGAGCGGGUCCCCUCGGUGCACUCAUCGCGUACGGCCUUGUCGGAACCAUCGCAUACGGGACCAUUUGCAGCCUUGCCGAGAUGGCGUCAUUUGCCCCCAUUUCUGGUUCGUUUCCGCAUUAUGCCGCUCGCUGGGUCGACCCUGCGUUCGGAUUUGCGUUGGGGUGGAACUACUUCUACACCAGUGCAAUCUCGAUUCCUGUCGAGAUCACCGCCGCAUGUAUACUACUCACCUACUGGGAUGCAAAUAUCAAUCAUCAAGCAGCAUAUACUGCUGCCGUCGUCGUCGCCGUGUGCGCCAUCAACAUUUUCGGUGUGAGGUGGUUCGGCGAAGCAGAAUUCGUCUUCUGCCUGAUCAAGAUUGGUCACAUUGACAAUGUGAUCGAUCGCGCAGUCACCUUAAUCACCCUCCUCAUCAUCGCCGGGUUGAUCAUUGAUUUGGGCGGUGGGCCUGAUCAUGAGCGUAUAGGAUUCCGAUACUGGAAGAACCCCGGCGCUAUAGCCGGCUCCGGUCUCGAGCCUAAACAUCCGGGCCUCGACAAGUUCAUUGCCUUGCUCUCUGUGAUCGUCCAGUCGGCCUUUUCCUAUGGAGGCAUGGAGGUCAUCGCCAUUGGCGCUUCUGAGACAGAAAGCCCGCGCCGCAACAUUCGGAAGGCCAUCCGGCGGGUGUUCUGGCGCAUCCUGACCUUCUACAUGCUGGGGAUUUUCGUCACUGGCUUGCUGGUCCCGUCCAACGACCCGAACCUCCUGUCGAGCACCGGCACCGCCGCGGAAUCGCCGUACGUUAUCGCGAUGACGCGCGCUGGGAUCAAGGUGCUGCCGCAUUAUAUCAACGCGUGCGUGUUCACGUCGGCGUUCUCAGCGGGCAACUCGUCGCUGUAUGCGUCGUCGCGCGUCCUGUAUGGCCUCGCCAUCCGGGGCCAGGCCCCGCGGUGCUUCGCGUGGUGCACGAAGAAGGGACUACCGCUUGCCGCCAUCCUCGCGUCGGGGUCCUUUGCGUGGCUCUCAUUCAUGAACAUCUCCUCGGGCGCAGAGACGGUAUUCACGUGGCUCGUCAAUCUGUCGACCACGGGGAGCUUUUUCAGCUGGGGCGCGAUGUGCGUUACGUAUUUACGAUUCUACAAGGGCUUAAAGGCGCAAGGCUUUGACCGGACCACGUUCGCCUACUGGAGCCCCCUACAGCCAUUCCUGGCGUGGUGGGCCCUGCUGUGGCUCGCGCUGUUCAUCCUCAUUACCGGACUCAGGGUCUUCUGGGACUUUACCGCUUCGGGCUUCUUCACCGACUAUGUCAACAUCCCGAUAUUCCUGGGCUUGUAUGUGUUCUGGAAGGUCGUGAAACGGACAAAGUCCUGGAAGGUGAACGAAAUGGAUUUUGUGACGGCUAUUCCCUCGUUAGAGGAGACGGAAACGCCGGAGGUGAUUCCUACGACGAUCUUGGCUAAGGUUGCAGACGCGUUGUUCUAG